UCGUUCGUGCCAUUAUGGCUUUCCUGUGCCCGGUACGCAUACGCAGAGGCAAGAAGAACAAGUCUGGAGGACAGAACUUUGGCCUGGACAAGGACAGCCUCGCGGGCUCCGGUCUCGGACUAUCUUCGUCGGCCGGCGGCGGCGCAGCCACCGCCUCCUCGUCGUCGCGGGCCCAGCUGCCGCCCGGCCGCAUAACCGGCAGCGCGAGCAUCGAGACGCUGGUGCGCGUCGGCAUCGAGAAGGAGAACGGCCUGUCGCCCGACAGCAAGAUGGUCAUCAUACACGACUUCACGCCCUGCGUCGACGACGAGCUCCAGGUGAAACGUGGCCAGAUCGUCAACGUGCUGUAUCGCGAGAACGACUGGGUCUACGUGAUAGCGGCGGACACGCGCAUGGAGGGCUUCGUGCCGCACUCGUACUGCGCCGCGUACACGUCGCAGCUGGCGGAGAGCACCCUGGCGCUGGUCAACAACGUCAAGAAGAAGCUGCCGCGAUCGCUGGACGACAACGACUUGGCGGGUCCGUUGCAGUCUACUGCCUCUGCUGCUGUGACCGGUUCCCAAGAAUUGGAUCAUCCGGGCUCGGCGUCCGACUGCGAGAGCUACGCCCGUAGCAGCACCAACAACAACAACAAUAACAACAACAUUUGCACGACGGCAGCCGACGUCAACGUCGAACGCUCGAGGUCGCGCUCGAUGUCGCGCUCCCAAAACUCCAUAAUACAGCAGCAGCAGCAGCAGCAGCAGCCCGAAGUGCACCCGUUCUUCAAGGAUCCGUCGGCUGGACGCUACAUCGUGCUGUACACGUUCGUGGCCCGUGACGAGAACGACGUGAGCGUCGAGCGCGGCGAGUUCGUCACCGUCCUCAAUCGCGACGAUCCCGACUGGUUCUGGGUGUUGCGCUACUGCGACGGCAGCGAGGGCUUCGUGCCCUCGGGUUUCGUCUUUCCCGGCCACGCGCUCAACUCGUACGCGAGCAACGCGGCAGCCGCAGCCGCUGGCACUACUCAGCUCGAUAAUAAUCCUCUGACGGCAUCGAACAAUAACGGCCAGCUCGGUGGUGGCAAUGACUCUUCGCAGCACCAUCAACAACAGCAGCAACAACAACAACAACAACUUCAGCAACAGCAGCAGCAGCAACAGAAGGAGCUGCGGGACGAGCAGCAGAGCGGCACCGAGCUCGUCGUGCUCUACGAUUACAAGGCGCAGGCGCCGGACGACCUGUCGGUGAAACGCGCCGACUGGAUCUACGCCGACCUCGGCAAUCAGACCGUCGACGGCUGGCUCUGGGCGUACGCGCCCAAGACCCGCAAGUACGGCUUCAUACCCAAAGCUUACGCCAGGCCGCCGGCCAUGACGAGUCUGUGAUG